GUACAGCUGAGCACAUACCGACAGCCAGGCGAGCGGAGCGGAGCGGGCGUGCGAGGGGAACGUAUGGAUGCAGCCGACGGAGGGUCGGCGUGUUGAUGCGCGAUGGCAGCUCGUGGAUGCACAUUGCGCCGCCUGAAACAGUGUGAGACCACAGAUGGACACCCCGUGUAAUGGAGCCAUGAAACCUGAGGGCGGUGAUCCCGUUAUUGACCCCCGGCCGCCUCCUGCCAAGCUGGCUCGACUGGAGCCCAACGGAGCGGGCUCCUCGGCCCAGGAGAGGAGCCGGCAGGGGAGUCCCGUGGCCCGGAACCCGUGCCCGGCGCCGAAAGCGGCCGCGGGGAGGCCACAGGGCAAGAGCUGGCACAGCCGAGGGAGCCUGCUGCCGGUGUUCUGCGUGGUGGAGCACAGGGAAAGCCUCGCGGAAGGGGAGCGCCGGGAGGAGCACGCCGAGUUCGUGUUGGUCAAGCGGGACCUGCUGUUCAACCAGCUGAUCGAGAUGGCCCUGCUCACGCUGGGCUACUCGCACAGCUCCGCCGCGCAGGCUAAAGGGUUGAUCCAGGUCGGCCGGUGGAACCCGGUGCCCCUGUCCUGUGUCACCGACGCUCCCGACGCCACCGUGGCUGACAUGCUGCAGGAUGUUCACCAUGUUGUCACCCUUAAAAUACAGCUGCACAGGAAUUCACUUUGGCCUCUGUCCAGCUGUCCAAAGCUGGAGGACCUGCCGGCCGAGCAGUGGACUCACUCCACGGUGAGAAACGCCCUGAAGGAGCUGCUCAAGGACAUGAACCAGAGCUCCCUGGCCAAGGAGUGCCCGCUGUCUCAGAGUAUGAUAUCAUCUAUUGUAAAUAGCACUUACUAUGCAAAUGUCUCAGCUGCCAAGUGUCACGAGUUUGGUCGGUGGUACAAGCACUUCAAGAAGACCAAAUGCUUCAAGGAAACUGACAGCUUCUCGGACCAGUCCACGCAUGUCACGCUCGCCCAGCAGCCAGUCGCCGCGAGCCCAGCUGAGCAGGGCUUGACCCGCCUGUACCCGCGCGGCGCCGUGGGCAACAUAUGCGGCCGCCCCCCCCUCUCGCUGCACCCUCCGGGCUUGGUCACCCAACCUCUCAGCUCCCAAAUGGUCAACCAGCAGCUGGUGAUGGCCCAGUUCCUCAACCAGCAGUACGCCGUUAGCCGCAUGCUAGCGGGCCAGAGCCUGUCCUCGUCCACGCAGCAGUAUCUGAACCACCCCCCGGUGGGGAGAGCCCCCGCCAAGGUGUUCUCCGUAGCCCCGGACCCCCAAGCCCCACAGCAGGCGCAGGGCGGCCCAGCAGGGGGCCCCACGGCCGGGCUGCAGAACCAGACGUCGGCCGGACCCGGACCCGGCGUGGGGCAGUGUGACGUGCCAAGUGACAUCUAUCAGUCUGUGAGGGAGGAGCUGAAGAGAGCGGGCAUCUCUCAGGCCAUCUUUGCCCGGGUCGCCUUCAACAGAACCCAGGGUCUGCUGUCAGAGAUCCUGCGUAAGGAGGAGGAACCUAAACACGCCUCCCAGUCUCUGCUGGUCAACCUGCGGGCCAUGUACAGCUUCCUGCAGCUGCCCGAAGCAGAGAGGGAGCGCAUCUACCAGGAGGAGAAGGAGCGGAGCCUGACCGGAUUCACACCCACCUGCAACAACACCCCCCCGAGAUCCACACAGGCGAGACUGUCGCCGGUUACAGCAGACAGAGCCAUGAGAACAGACAGUUGUGUCCUCAAUGUCAGCGCCUCCAUCUAUGACGAGAUUCACCACGAGAUGAAGAGAGCCAAGGUCUCCCAGGCUUUGUUUGCAAAGGUUGCUGCCUCCAAGAGUCAGGGCUGGCUGUGUGAGCUGCUGCGCUGGAAGGAGGACCCCAGUCCGGAGAACCGCACGCUGUGGGAGAACCUGUGCAUGAUCCGCAGGUUCCUCAGCCUGGCUCAGGCCGAGCGAGACGCCAUCUACGAGCAGGAGAGCGGCAGCAUCGGCGCGCAGCAGCACUGCACCGACAGGCUGACGGUGCUCAGCAACGACAAUGCUCUGUACCAACGUAAUUCCCCACUGCCACAGCAACACCAUCUCCAACCCCAUCAACCCCUGCAGCCAGAAACAGGACCUCAUCUGUCUCCACGGCAACCAUGCACAGCAUCUCCAGCCGAGUCUGAGGUUGGAGGCUACUGGGGUCAUCUGAAAGUGCGUUUCCAAGGCAGGGGCAGUAGCAAUGGUGAGCGAGGGGACAGUAAGGACUGGGUUGAGGGGGGAGGAGGAGAUAAAUGCAGCUUGGGAGGGGACUGGGGCUGCACUGGAGGGGUGAUGGAUAAAAGUAUGAACAACAAUGAGCAGGUGGGAGCUGGCAAUGUAAGUGAAGAAAAAGCAAAUGAGCCUGUAGACCUCAAAGAAGGCAGCGUUAAGGAGAAGGUGUCUGAUAAAUGGUCUAGCGUAAAAGAUGAGGAACGAGGCACAGCCGGGGUUUGUUCUGCUGAUAACGUUGAGGACGACAUACACAGUGAGGGGUUGAAAGUGUCCCACGAGGCACUCGGGAUCCUGCAGAGCUUCAUCCAGGACGUGGGUCUCAACCCAGACGAGGAGGCGGUCCACACCCUGUCUGCUCAGCUGGGCCUGCCUAAACACAUCAUCCGCAGCUUCUUCAACAGCCAGGACCAAGGGCGGUAUCAGCACCAGAAGCACAGUGUGGACAGCCAGCGCUGCGGUACAGCACCGGGCUUGUUUCAGGCUGACACGGCUGCGGAGGAGCAAGGAGAGCAGCAUUAUGCAAAGACUGAUACAGAGCAAAGGGGAGUGGAAAUACAAAGGAAUGAAGCAAGCGACAGAACGGUUUUAAAAGAAGCAGAUGCUGGAACUCAGACUGCUCUCCCUAUGAAGGAAGAGCGGGAGAGCUACAUGUGACCCUGAACACAGCGGGUGACAAAUCACGGGUGAUGCAAACAGGGAUUUUCUCUUAAAGGCUAUAGAAAGAGCAAGGGGUGAUUAACUGUAUCCUUUAUAAAACAGCUUCUACAAUAUUCAUCUAGAAAGAAUGCACUCGAGACAGAAAAUAACUGUGACUACAUGUACAGAUGAUCUUAUAGUAAAUGUGUUCCGUGUGUAGAUACAUAUGUCUCAUUCCAUGGGAGCCAGAACAAUGAGCAUCAGAUCUCAUGUCACUGUUUAAAUAGGAUUACCCACAUUGAGUGAUUGAUGUGGGUUUUAAGAUACGUUCAUGCCACAAAUGCCUUGUAGAAAGUAGCACUGCCAGUUUGUUUUCUUUUAUAUAUCUUGUUUUUAUUAUAUUUUAUAUUUAUAUUUUGUCAAAUUCAGCUGUUUCCUUCAGGUAUUUCCUGAAUGGUUGUGUUCCUCCAUAUUGUCAGUCAUACUAUAUUGAACAUCUGUUUUCAAUUAAACAUAAAUGGAUUCAUAUACAAGACCGUGCUGUAUGUCACAAUCCUAAAUACAUACAGUACAUAAUUAUUUGGAAAUAAUGUGUGAAUUAUUACUGCAGUGCCUAAUGAAUAAGUAUAAGAAACAAUGAAUACAGUUGCUGUAAGGAAAAUAUUAUACGCAUUCAUGUAGAGGUUGUAUUCACAAUAUCACCUUUGGUUACUGCUGGUAAAGAUCAAAUUGUUUGAUGGACUAUUCAUAGUAUACAGUACAUAAAAUAUUUGUUCUCAUGCAUGAAUUUGUAAAGGUCUCAAAAAUGUAGCUGCAAAUGUUGGUGUGUUCACACAUCUUGUGUUGUGCUGAUUUAUCUAUAGGUUCUAGUUAAUUGUUUGCAUUCUUAGUACAUGUACACACAACGUGUGUUGCAGUAUGUUAAGCUAAACACAUUGUGUAAAUGGGAAGUUCACCUUUUUUCAAGUUUGUCUUCAAACAACAGGUCAGGUCAUAGAAUGAUCUCUUCACUGUUAGGAAGUCGCAUUAGCAGCUAGGCUAACAUUAGCUUCAUGUUUGUGUUCAUUUAUUUACAGCAAUUUAAAUGAAUAUUAAAUAAUCUUUUCAAAUACAUUUUCACACAGAGUAGACUGUAGAUUGUUGCUCAUUACCUACUGCACAUAUCACAUAUCCUGAUAUUUAAUGGGAGGUAAUUUAAUCUGACUGUUGCGGUAAGACAGACUUGAAAGAAAAACAUGUGAACGAGUCCUUUAAUGUUUUUUAUGUUUCCUCAUGAAAGAUAAAUUACGGACCAGAGGCUGCAGAACAUGUACAUCAAACAGUAAAGCAGGCAGCGGCACUUUUAUCUGCAAGUCAUAAUUGUAUGCUUGUUAUUUUAAUCUGCUCGCUGAUCAACAAUCUGAGUGAGAUUAAUAAAGUUGAAUGUGUUUUAAGAGUAAACUGGACACAUUUAAGUAAAAGAAAAAAACCUUCGAGUCCAUUUCAAUUCAUAGGACUGAACGUUAUUCAUUUAAAAACUGAAUAUUUUUUAUGUAUACAAAAUAUUACACAAUGUUAUACUUUUUAUCUCCAGAUUUGAAGCCUCGUGACACAAUCGAUGUGAAAGGCUCAGAUAGCCGUGAGGCCAGCGUGUAAUUUCUGCUGUGAGACAGAUAAAACAAUGAUUGUUUGCUUUCCAAGCAGCAUCAAACCAGAUAUUUGCACAGUUAAUAUGUUUUGUUUUGAUGUGUUGGCAAAUGUAUGAAUCUGGAUCUGGGGGCUUUCAUCAUGGCACAAAGACUAAUUGAAACAAGCGGAGACGUAAAACACACAAAGGCAUCGUUAAGCUAAAUGAAAGGUUCAGGUUAUCCCCAUGGCAUCUACUGUACAUGUACUGUAUUCAUGUUAUAAUGUUAGUACUGCCGAUUUCUGUUCCUUCCGUCUUCAAUCUCUUCCGUUUCUAACUCAGUUUCUGUAUCGUGCUCUCUCUCCCUGACUCUCAUCUCCGUCUCUUUGGGACCUUUUACAUCGCUGCUCGCAGACAGUGCAACAUUCAAGCCCCAUUUGGCCGGGCUCGCUCUAUAGAGUAAUUCAAUAAAGCUAUGCUCUUUUCUGUCA